AUGAUAAGGGAGGCGGUACGAGGACAGCAAGAAUCAAGCAGUUCACGUGGGAGCAUCAAACACGCAGCCUACCCAGUCAUCUCUUUGGCACGCUUUCCACUUUACCAGAUUCUAUCUCCAAACAACACCUACGCUCAUCCCAUCUACCUGUCUGCAGACAUCGUUCUUUACAACAGAAGAGAAAGGGCUCAUCUUGGAAGGAAAGUGGUAUCAGCUGUUUCCACUGAUUAUGCUAAACCCGAGAUCUUAGAUGAGAAACAAGCCAUUGCUACCUACUGCUCUUGUUUGCUCCCUCUCCUAUCUUCCAUCAAUUGCUCUCACACAGAUUAUAAGACUAAGCUAGCUACCAAUACAAUCAAAACUAAUUGCAGUUAA